AUGCCCAGCCACAUCCAGCGAACCGGUUCGCGCAGCUCAAAUAUACUCUACCUACCCGAAUACACUUGCCAUUCGCGUCAGACGAUACCUUCGCACAACCACCUCCACGCCAUCAUGCCGGAGUCGCAAAGCCCCACAAACGCCGCCGACCGGCCCCGCCUUACCGAAGCCCAAAAGAAGGAGAACCACAUCCGUUCCGAGCAGAAGCGACGUGAAGCGAUUAGAGAAGGCUUCGACCGACUUGCCUCAAUAGUACCUGGCUUGGAGGGACAAGGCCGGAGCGAGGCAGUUGUGCUCGGGGGUGCCAUCAAGCUCAUGCGUGAGAAGAUUGUGGAGCGACAGCAGAUCAUCGCCGACGCCAAGGCGAAGGGGAUCGACACAACGGGAUGGGAGUUGGACAAGGACACGAUGGAGGCGUGCGCUAGGCAGAUGGAGCGAACGCUGGCCGAGGAGCGACAGGCGGAGAAAGAAGAGAACAGUAAUGGUGUUGAGGUGAAGAAGGAGUAA